AAGGUGCCAUAGUAGCAGGGUAACAAGUUUUUUUGUUUUCUAGAUGAUGAAACCCUUUAGAAGGGAGCAGCAGUAGAAAAUGAUUUCUGUGGGAAAGCGCCGCUGGUUUUCUUCUUCAACCUCGUCAUCUUCACUUCCAUGGAUCUCCCCUCUGCAGUCUCUAGCCAACUUCAAGAAACCAGACCCCCCGCCCAAAACCUCAAAUGUGGAGCCUCGGAGGAAAUCAAAAUUUAUUGCUCACGAGGCUGCGGUCAACAUGAUCAAACGUGAGAGAGAUCCACAACGUGCUUUGGAAAUAUUUAAUAUGGUAGCUCAGCAAAAGGGUUUUAAUCACAACAAUGCCACCUAUGCGGUUAUCCUUCAGAAGCUUGCUCAGUCAAAGAAGUUGCAGGCUGUUGAUGCAAUUCUUUCUCAAAUGACCUACGACACUUGCAAAAUUCAUGAGGGUAUAUUCCUUAACCUCAUGAAGCAUUUCUCUCAACUUUCUUUACAUGAAAAAGUACUUGAGAUGUUUUAUGCAAUUCAAUCAAUUGGUCGUGAAAAGCCUUCUUUGAAAGCCAUCAGCACUUGUCUUAAUCUCCUGAUUGAAUCAAACCAAAUUGAUUUGGCCCAAGAUUUUCUCUUGAAUUCCAACAGAUCUCUCAGUUUGAAUCCCAAUACAUGCAUUUUCAACAUUUUUGUUAAGUAUCACUGCAAGAAAGGAGAUAUUGAGUCUGCCUUUGAAGUUGUAAAGGAGAUGAAGAAAUCCAAAAUUUCUUAUCCUAAUCUGAUUACAUAUUCAACUGUGAUGGAUGGCCUCUGCAAAAAUGGAAGAUUUGAAGAAGCAAUUCAGUUGUUUGAGGAAAUGGUUGAUAAAAAUCAGAUCCUACCUGACAGCCAAACCUAUAAUGUUUUUAUUAAUGGCUUUUGCUGCAGAGGGAAAGUUGAUCGGGCUAGAAAGAUAAUGGACUUUAUGAAGAACAACGGCUGCACUCCUAAUGUAUUCAAUUACUCAGCCUUAAUGAAUGGAUUCAGCAAGGAGGGAAGGUGGCAAGAGGCCAAGGAUGUUUUUGAUGAAAUGAAGAGUAUUGGUGUAAAACCUGAUACAAUCACCUAUACUACCUUGAUUGACUGCUUUUGUAAUGCUGGUAAAGUUGAUGAAGCCAUUGAACUGCUCAGAGAGAUGAAGGAAAGGGAACUGCAAGCCGAUAUUGUAACCUUUAAUGUGCUACUCAAAGGACUAUGCUCAGGGGGAAGGUAUCAGGAGGCUAUUCAAAUGGUCAAGAAACUGCCUGAUGAUGGUGUCUAUCUAAAUAAAGCAAGUUACCGGGUUGUGUUGAAUUCCUUGUGCCACAGGAAUGACUUGAACAAGGCUACAGAGCUUUUGGAUCUGAUGCUGAGCCGGGGGUUUGUGCCACAUCACUCAACCUCAAAUGAGUUGCUAAUGCGUCUAUGUAAGGCUGGAAUGGUAGAUGAUGCACUUGCAGCACUUGUAGGGUUGGCAGAGGUAGGAUUUAAACCAGCGCCUGAUUGUUGGGCAGUUUUGAUUGAAUUGAACUGUAGAGAAAGGAAGCUGUUGUCUGUAUUUCAACUGAUUGAUGAGUUAGUCAUAUAAGAAUAAAAAUAUAUAAUUUAU